CCCUGGCUGUCUCUUCUGGUCUGGAUUUGUGAUCUGGACGUGACUGAGUGACUGACCGGUAGCAGAGGCGAGUCAUGGGUUUGCUGUUGAUGGUAAUGAGCUGUGUGACCUCUUAUUCUGUGAUGGUCCUGAUCACAACUCAAGAUGCCCCUCAGACUCCAUUCAUGUCCAUCAGUCCUUCUGGUGACAUAGUGGAAGGAACAAACGUCACUCAGACCUGCAGCAGCAGAUCUGAUCUACCAGUGCAGAAAUGCAGCUGGUACAAGACUGGUAGCCAUGUAGCCCUGCAGCAACAAUCUUCAUACACUUAUACCAUGUGUAACAUCAAGCCAAUACACAGUGGACAAUAUUACUGUCACAUAAGAUAUGCCUGUGGCUAUAAGAACUCAACUCUUAUUAACCUGAAGGUUUUCUACCCUCCAAGGAACACAAAGGUUGUGAUUGAUAAUCCUGGACAGAUAGCUGAGGGAGGCAGAGUGACUCUGACCUGCAGCAGUGAUGCCAACCCACCACCACACACAUACAGCUGGUACAAGGGACGUGCACAGCUGAGCUACAGACAGAAGAUGUUAAACUUCAGUAAUGUCCAUUCUGAGGACAGUGGAAACUACAGCUGUCAGGCCACUAACACCUAUGGUUCCAAUGCAUCUCCUAAUACAGAAAUACAUGUUUUAUAUGGUCCAAGGACUCCAGUGGUUGUGAUUGACCCUCCUGGGAACAUAACUGAGGGAAGCAGAGUGACUCUGACCUGCAGCAGUGAUGCCAACCCACCAGUGGAGAGCUACACCUGGUUUAAGGUGAAUGAGUCCACUCCAGUAGGAUCAGGACAGCAGUACAGCAUCACUGCCAUCAGACCUGAGGAUGGAGGACAGUACUACUGUGUGGCCAGGAACAGACUUGGAUCACAGGUGUCUACUGCUGUAUCCAUCACAGUUGAAGGCAUCAGUGCAUCAGGAGAGCAGAGUCCACUAGUGACUGCUGUGGUUGUAGUCUCUGUGUGUGGAGUGGUGGGUCUGCUGUGUGUGCUUGUCUGGCUGAGGCAGAUGAAAAGGAGUCAGGAACCAGGUGGACAGGACCAGCACUACUUCAGUGUCACCGGCCAGAGCACAGCUGCUGAGGAUGCAGGAGGAGCAGAGGAUGCUGGUCACUACUCCACCAUCCAGCCCCACGGCUCCACACACACAGCAGGAGCUCAGGGGGACGAAGUUCUGUACGCCAGUGUCCAGUUCAAGAAGGCAGGAGCUGCAAAGGGUUCCCCUGUUCAGCCAGAAGGGGAGCCCUCUCCCAUCUACAGCAGUGUGCAGCCAAGAGUGGAUAACUCUGUGGUCUACAGCGGUGUUCAGCCCAGAGGCAUCUAGCAAAGGAGAGACUCCACUCACACAGAAGGGAUGAAAUGUUUUCAUGUUCAACUGUAGACUUGAACAGAGACACAGAAGGGCUGAUGAACAUGAAUGUAUUUUGUAUUUGUAUUUUAAUGGAGUUUUCUCACACAAGUCUAUCUGCAGUGUGCCUGCCUUUUUUAACUGCUCUUGUGAAUGCAUAAGGUGAACUUGGCAUUUUCAUGCUAUUAAGUGUUUGUUACUAUUAGCAUAUUAGCAUUUGAACUUUCUUAUGUAUUAGCCUUAUUCACCCAGCGGCCAGAACGAGGCUAAAGGGUACACUUGCCAUUACACCUCAGUCCAGCAGAUGGUGGUGGUAAUGCACUC